CAAAUACCUUGCUAGUUACUAUACUAUAAUAUGUAUGUUACCGUUAAUUUCCUAAGGGCACAGUUUAGGAGUUCAGAGUCUUUGGAGACCCCCAUUCGGUGGCAAUGUGCAGUACAGCAUCCAGGAAGCAACAUCCCGGUCCAUGGGAGUCGAGCCAGACAUCACCAAUCCGAACUGAAUUAUAUCGCGUUUCCACAAAAAAGGAAAGAAAUAAAACGCAUUAAUGACCACGCUUAGCCCACCUUUAUGACUUCCCCAGAUGACAAGAGUUUUUCCUGGAGGCAGAUAGGCCCGUUGUCUGAGCUGUCUAGGAAAAAAUGCCGACUGAUGUAUUCAUCUGAUGGACGCGACGCGGAUGUUUGUCUCUUCUACGUGAGCGGCGAAUUCUUCGCGAUGGACGCGCGCUGUGCGCAUUCAGGUGGUCCUCUCUGUGAUGGAGAUAUUGAGGAGGCUGAUGUUCUUCAGGUUUUCUGUCCUUGGCAUGACUAUGACUUCAACCUCAGGACAGGGAAAUCAAGCACAGGUUUACAGCAACAGGUUUAUGAAGUGAAAUUGGAGGACGGUACUGUGUACGUCAAGCACGCCAGUGAUCUGUCAUUGCAGCCUUUCAGCCUGGUCAAAGAGAACUAAAGAACCAUCAGUUUGUAUGUAUCACUUGCGAAACAUUCAAAAAUGAAAAAGUGGCUCAUUUGACUAAACGUCUUUAAUGCAGUUAACUUUUAUUUGACAAAUAUAGUAUUCAUUUGUUAAAUGGUUCCCAAUACAAAUGACUUGAAAUGCCACUUUGAUAAACGACACAAUUCAUUUUCUGAUAAUACUGUAUUUUUUUAAUAUGAAUAUCUUCAAAGUUGUAAGAUGUUUAGUGAACUCAGGGAUAAUGUGCUCAAUGUGGUUAUCGCAACUUAGUCAAAAUUUGAACUAAAUUAGCCUUGAUUCAGAUGCAUAAUUGUAAACACUCAUUUAUUAUAAAAUAUCAUUAUAAUAUUACAUUCCAUGAAUGCUUUAACAAUAAUGCAAAAUGAAAUACAUUUAAGCUGCUGAACACCGAAACAAGCUUGCAUACAUCAAACAGUGCUUAAAAGCUGCCAUUUUGCUAAGUCUUACACUAUAGACAUAGUAGCCUAGUUUUUGGUCAGGAAUCUAAUAUAUUUAGUUAUAAAAAUUCUAAAUGUUUCCAUUAUAAAAACGGUGGAUUAACAUGUCAUGCGCGCUUUGGUUUAAGUGAGGAAAGAGACUUGGAUGAUGAUUUUUUUAAAACUACACUGUAAAUGGAUAGAAUGUGUUUAUUUAUGUAAGAUUAAAAUAAAUAGGGCUGUCAAACGAAUAAUAGUGAUUUAUCGCAUCCAGAAUAAAAGUUUGUGUUUACAUAAUGUAUGUCUGUGUACUGUGCAUAUUAAUUUUGUAUUUAUAAACACAUACACAUACAUGCGAGCUGUAUAUUUAAGAAAAAUAUAAAAAUUAACAAACGUUUAUAUAAAUACAUCUAAAUAAAUACAAAAUACAUAUAAAUACAAAAUGAAUAGGCACAGUAAACAGACAUAUACAGUAUUAUGUAAACACAAACUUUUAUUCUGGAUGCCAUUAAUUGUUUGACAGCCCUAAAAAUAAAUAAAUAAACAAACAAUUACAAAGUAAUGACUAUUGGGCCCCCUAGUGUUCUGGUACCUGACAUACUCUGCACCCACCGAAAUUGCAUCUUUGAUUCGACCUUUGCAAUGUUUAGUCAUUGGCUUUCAGGAAAGGACAGCCAUUAACAUCUGUUGAGAAUGCAAAUAUAAUCCCCUUUCACAAUUUAAUUAGAUUUUUUCGUUUCAAUUAUUUUAAAAUGUUUACAUGUCUUACAAACUUGUGUUGAUGCCUUCAUAUAAUUUCUAGUCUUCUUUAAUUUAUUAUCUUCACCAUGUCA